AAAUGUUUGAAAGGACAGCGCGCGGCUUCCCUCCCUGACGUCACAGUUGCAUGAGGGAAGAUGGCGGCGGUGUUGGAGCGCAGCUUCAUAGAGAUCUGUGGAUUUGAGAGGGAAACUCUGCACAGGUUCCGAGAAGUGACAGUAAACCUCGGUCUGAGUGCUCUUCCCGGUGGCGUGAAGUUUCCCGACAGUGCUGGAGCAUUUCAUUAUGAGGAGAGUGGGAAGCUGCUGUCUGUCACCAGUAACAGAUUUGUUCACUGGUCCACGUCAGGAGACACGGUGCAGCUGGUGGAGCAGUCUCUGGACACCAACCUGCUCAACAAUGCUGUCAAACUCAAGUUCACCCAUUGUACUGUGCUGCCUGGAGGAGUCAACAUCCAGGAGACCCUCAACAAUGUCAUCAUCCUUGUCUCCACCAAUCAGAGCGUCCACAGACUGGUGCUGCCUCACCCCACACGCAUGUACCGCAGUGAGCUGGUGACGGAGCUCCACAUGCAGUCCAUCUUCACUGAUGUGGGGAAGCUGAGUCUGCAGGACCCCUCUCACAGUGCCAUCAUCCCCAGCUCAGUGGGACAGACCGGGAGCCCCAGCACCUCCACAGCCUGGCUCAGUCAGUCCGGAGAGGCUCACUACGCUCUGGGUUCACCUGCUGGAGGCAUCAUGGUGGUCACUCUGCCACCUCACGACACACAGGGCAGUGUGUCGGUGCUGGAGCUGAAGAGGAGCUCCAUGAUGCAGAGGUUGUCUGGCUGGAUGCCCACAGCGAUCCGUGGGGAGCAGAGUCCAGCUGACCUGGUCCUCAGUCUGGCUGUCAGAGAGCUGGAGGAAGACUCCUUCAUCUUCGCCCUCUGUCAGGAUCACAAACUGCGCAUGUGGUCCUUCAGGGAGCAGGCGUGCCUGCUGGAGGCGGACAUGUUGGAGUACAUGCCGGCCUGUAAAGGGGUGAAGCGUCUGGCCGGUCAGGGUCACCGUCUGAGGCUGGCCUUCUCCUCCACCACCGGCCUCUGUCUGUGCGUUUACCUGGCUGUACCUCAGAGAGGACAGUUCACCGUCCUGCAGCUGGUCGCCACCGACAACAACCGCUACAGCCUCGACCACAUCUCCUCUCUCUUCACGACGCAGGAGACUCUGGUGGACUUUGCUCUGACCUCCUCAGACAUCUGGGGCGUCUGGGUGGACGACUCCAACACCACUGUUGUCAAAUACAUCAACUUUGAACAUAACACAGCAGGUCAGUGGAACCAGGUGUUUGUUCAGCCUCCACCAGAGGAAGAAGUCCAUAUAGGAGUGGACCAGGACCCCAGAGAGACGUACCUGGAGGUUCUCUUCUCUCCUCUACGCUUCACAGCGUCAGCCAUAAUUAAAGCUCUACAGAUCUACCGCAGAGGCUCGGAGAGGAGCACUGAUUGGUCCUGGGAGACGCUGAAGAAGGAGGUGACGGUGGCUGUGGAGAGCGAGCUGCAGAGCAGCGUGACAGAGUUUGAGUUUUCUCAGGAGGAGUAUCGGCAGCUGCAGGUGGAGUUUUGGUCCAAGUUUUACGCCUGCUGUCUGCAGUACCAGGAGGCUCAGUCUCUGCCUCUGGGCCUGACUGUCAGCCUCCACACCAGCAUGGUCUGCCUGCUGAAGAAGGGGUUUGUGUCGUUCCUCCUGCCUUGUUUCGCUGUGGAUCAUUUGUACCUGUCCUAUGAUGAGUACCUGUUCUCAGAGGAGGAGACGCCCAUCGCUGAAGACCCUGAGGUGGGGCGGGACGUCCUGCAGCUGGUUCAGUGUCUGCGGCUGGUCAGUGAUGCCGUUUCUGGAGAGAUGGCGUACGAGAUGGAGAAAGCUCUGGAACAUCUUCAGUCACCUGAGAGAGCUGCCGAACUCGUCCUGGAAAACAUGCUGUCCAAUGACAAUGAGAACGUGAUCGAGGACAUCCAGAACAAACUGCAGGACAUCCGAAACCCGAUGGCGGCCAUGAUGGUCCUGCUGAGGGAGAUGGACCUGGAGACGGACUCGGAGGUCGGAGGAGAAGGACCCAUCACACCUGGUCAAAGUCUGAACACGAGGAUCAGCCUGUCUCAGCUGUACGGCAGCAGCUCGGCAGUGUCUGUAGUAUGUCAGGCCGUCUGUCACAUGACCAUGACCAGAGCGCUGUUCUGCAGAGACCUGCUCAUCCUGCAGAAGCUCUACCUGCGCUUCGGAGACAACGUGUUUCUGGGUGGGGGGGCUCAGCUGCUGCAGCUCCAGCAGGACCUGAUCCCUCGGAGCUCCCACCUCCUGUCCUCUUAUUACCUCCUCAAACACAUCAGUCAGAGCCUGGCCUCCUCUGUGCCCAUGGAUAUCAUAGACGCUAACCUGCAGCACCUCACAGUGUUGGAGCUGUCUGACACCCCGGCCCUCUCCGCCAGCAGAUCAGCAGUGUUGAGUCCUCAGACGGUGGUGGAGCUCUUCUAUCAGACUGCAGCCAGGAAGAUGAUCAUCUCUCAGAUUUACUCUCAGCAGCAGAGUAACUCUCUGCUCCACUGGACCCACAUGAUCUCUAAUGUGGUCAACCUGCUCGCUCAGCUGCUUUGGCCCAGUAACCCUGGUUUCCAGUUCCCUGAGUGUCUGAUGGCCAACUGUCAGUACACACAGCUGCAGGAGUAUGUGCGGCUGAUUGGUCCCUGGUGCCAGGUGAACAUCGGCUCCUGUCGCUUCAUGCUGGGUCAGUGUUACCUGGCCAACGGGGAGGGCCAGAAGGCUCUGCAGUGUUUCCAGGAGGCAGCGAUGGAGGUGGAGAAGGAGGAGUUCCUGAUGAGACUGACAGGCACCGAGGAGGAGGAGGCGGCAUCCACCCCCAGAUUACAGUACUACAACAAGGUGCUGCGGUUGUUGGAGGAUGUGGGUCUACCUGAGCUGGUCAUCCAGUUGGCCUCUCUGGCCAUAACAGAGGCCGUCAGCGACGUCAACAGCCAGGCCGCUCUGUGGACUCGAAUAUUCAAACAUCAUCUGGAUCUCGGACACAACAGCGAAGCUUACGAAGCCCUCACACAGAACCCAGACUGCAGCAUGCAGCUGGAUUGUCUCCGUCAGCUGGUGGUGGUUCUGUGUGAACGCUCUCAGCUCCAGGAUUUAGUCCAGUUCUCCUACGUCAACCUGCACGACGAGGUCGUCAGUAUCAUCGAGUCCCGAGCCAGAGGUUUGGACCUGCUGGCUCAUAACUACUACGAGCUGCUGUACGCCUUCCACAUCAACAGACACAACUACAGGAAAGCGGGGACGGUGAUGUUUGAGUUCGGGAUGCGUCUGGGUCGUGAGGUUCGGACUCGUCUUGGCCUUCAGAAGCAGGUGAACUGUUACCUGGCUGCUCUCAACUGUCUCCGCCUCAUCAGACCAGAGUACGCCUGGAUUGUCCAGCCGGCCUCCGGAGCUGUGUACGAGCGUCCAGGAGCGUCUCCAAAGAGAAACUCUGACGGAGAGUUUUCUUCUGAACCAGUCAAACGUCAGGUUGACAUCCUGGAAAUCAAGGACCUGGAGAAGGAGUACAUCCUGUCCCGCAGCCGCCUCACCCUCGCCCAGCACCACCUGCCGUCGGCCGCCAUCGCUGGCAGUGCCUCAGCAGUGGAGAUGGUGGCCUUGUUGGUCCAAACGGGACUCUUUGACUCGGCUCUGUCCGUCUGUCAAACCUUCAAACUGAACCCGACUUCGGUCUUUGAGGGUUUGACCUUCAAAUGCAUCAAGCUUCAGUUCGGGGGGGAGGAGACUCAGAACGAAGCCUGGAGCUGGUUGGCUGCUAAUCAGCUGUCAUCUGUCGUCAACACCAAAGAGUCCAGUGCGACAGACGAGGCGUGGCGGCUGCUGGCCUCUUACCUGGACAGGUAUCCCUCCGCCAACGGACACCACCACCGCUGUGUCAUCAACAAGCUGCUGUCACAUGGUGUCCCUCUGCCUGAUUGGCUGGUCAGGUCUUACAAGGCUGUGGACGCUGCGUCUCUGCUGCGUCUCUACCUGAACUUCGACCUGCUGGACGCUGCAGCCGAGCUGGUGCUGGAGUAUGUGGACGCUCUGCUGGGCAGAGGACACCAGUACUUCGGAAUAGAGAGGCCUCUGUCGGCGACGUCCUCUUCAGUUUGGCUGCCGUACACGUCCAUCGAUCAGCUGCUGCAGACUCUGAACGAGACUCGGACCAACAGCAGCAUUUAUAAUAAAGUUCGAGACAAACUGGAAGAUUAUCACAAACUGGUGGAGCAGACGACCAAACGACGACUCGUUACUCGAUGAAGUCGCGACUCAUCGCGUCACCUGACGACGCGAUGAAAAGGGAACAACAGUCAUGAAACAUAUUUUUGUACCGUUUCAAACCUGUUUUAAUGAGACGUUUUGUUUGUGGUGUAAACAAUAAACCUGCUCUGAUCUGCUUCACUUAUAUACAUGUUGUAAAUAUUCUGCACUUUGUGGUAAAAGAUGUAAAUCUUCUGUUUCUCUGAGUGUUUUUUAUAAUAGUCUCUUUUGUACUCAUGUUUUUCCAUCAGAGCUGUAAAUUGUGAUAAAAUUAAAGUUUCUUUGCAUUUCA